GACAACCAUAGAGUUCGGGCUUCUCCCGCUUCCAGGGUAGAGCGGCCCCUAGAGUGGUGGGGAGAGCGACUCUCUAAACGGGGAUCCUAGGGGCGGGGGGUGGGGGUCUUUUUGACAACAGGCCGCCGGCGGGAUCAUGGCGACCAGGAACCCCCGUCCCACAGAACAUGACAGUGAUGAUGACUCUUAUGAAGUACUGGAUUUAACAGAGUAUGCAAGAAGACACCACUGGUGGAACCGUGUUUUUGGCCACAGCUCUGGACCUAUUGUAGAGAAAUAUUCUGUAGCUACUCAGAUUGUAAUGGGUGGAGUUACUGGAUGGUGUGCAGGAUUUUUGUUCCAGAAAGUUGGAAAACUUGCAGCAACUGCAGUGGGUGGUGGCUUUCUUCUCCUGCAGAUUGCUAGUCACAGUGGCUAUGUGCAAGUUGACUGGAAGAGAGUUGAAAAAGAUGUAAACAAAGCUAAAAGACAAAUUAAAAGAAGAGCAAAUAAAGCUGCACCUGAAAUCAAUACCAUAAUUGAAGAGUCAACAGAGUUUAUCAAACAGAAUAUAGUGGUGUCCAGCGGAUUUGUGGGAGGCUUCUUGCUAGGCCUUGCAUCGUAAGGACGAGAAUGUUGCUGUCUUCAUGGAUUACUUAACAAUAAAACAUUGGUGACAGUGUGCUCUCUCACAAAGUAGUACAGGUCACCAAAUUCUUCUGGGCAAGAAGACUAGUAGUUGGACAAUACUGAAACUCACACUUUAGGCUUUUGCCUUCUGAAGCUUGGCAAACUAGGAUUUGCUAAAAAAAUAAUAAUAGUAAUAAUAAACUGUGCAGUAUAUAUAUAUACAUAUAUAUAUAUGUCACAUUUCUGGACAAAACUUGGCUAACUUUCAUCAUGACUUUUUAAUCUUGCACCUGUUCAGAAAUUAGCAUUUUUAAUGUAACUGUUACAUAGAUAUAUAAUUGUCUUGGUAAAAGGACCUUCUGUUUUGACAUUUUCCCUAUUGAAUUGCUAUUUUUUCUUUAUUUAAAAAAGGCAUUCUCCAUUGUGCUGUAGAGUAAAUAGUGCCAAUAAUUAAAUAAUAUGUAUUUUAGUUUCAAUAUCAGCAGAUAAGCAAUCUGUUUGCAAUAAACUAUAGAAUUGUAAUGUAAUUUUAUGGAGGACUAGUAGAAAUACUUAUUAGAGAUAUUAAAAACAAAUUAAACAGACUCUUCUUUGCUGUUUAGUGCUAUUUUUUAAAGAUUAUUUUCCUACAAACAUAGUUUAUUGGACUGGCCUGCCGAUUUCUUGGUGUAGGGAGUUCCCAGUGAAGAAACUACCUCCACUAACACAAGUUUGCAACUGCUUUACAACUUAAGAGUCUUAAUGUCCCAGUGUCCCAAGGCAGUUCUCUAAGGGACUUGCCAUCAGACAGCUAGUAAGUGUGACAUUUCUUUUACACUGUGCCAUGCUACCUAAUGCUUAAAUGAUCGCUAUGAUAAAAUUUUUGAAUAUUUUGUUCUAGCACAUUUUUCACUGUAUCCCAAAUGCCUUUUCUUCCCAUUAAGUUUUUAAAGUCAUGUCCUUAAAACACAUCUUACUGUAUAUACUUUAUCUUUGGAAUAUAUUUUCAUUAUUUGUCUAUUGGAUUUAACAUUUUGGGAAGAAAAAUUUGCGUUUUAGAGAGGUUCACAAGAAUUUAGUCAUGGAAGGGGUCUUUGAGGUUACUUAAGCCAAACUCCUCUCCUUCCCCCUCUUCUCCCCCUCCCCAUUUUACAGCUGUAUGAAAAAAAAACUAAGAAACAAGAGAGGGGAAGUGAUUUGCUCUAAGCUAUUCAGGUAGCAAGUAACAAAGUCCCAUUGUCAAGUUUAGGUCUUUUUGACUUCAAAUACAUUGCUCUUUGUUGUGCCAGUGGUUUAUUUUUAGUCUUGGACAUCAUCAGAGAUCAGAAUUAAGAGCAUGGAUGGACCUUAGAGGUCAUCUAGUCCAAAAUACUCAUUUUACAGAUGAGGAAACUGAGGCUCAGGGAGAUUAAAUAACUUGCCUAAGGUUACAUAAGUAGUAGGCAACAAAGGCAAAUUUUAAACAUAGGUCCUCUGGCUCCAUAUCAAAUGCUCAAGUUUCUAAGAAUGAGACAAUUAUUCUAGUCCCUUAUUUUACAAGGAAGUAAGAACAAUUUUCAGUGUUGAAAAAAGGAUAGCUCUAUUUGAAGAGCAUCAGUAGGGUAUACAAUUAUGAAGUUUGAAAAAAUAAUUAUGAAGUUUGUAGUUUUAAAGUGAAUGGCUUGGUUGAUCUAAUUUGAAAUGUAAAAAUCUGAAGAAAAUUGCAAAAGUUUUUGACUUUUGUAUUAUCAAGUUGGAAUCUUAAGGCAUCCCACUAUUUCAGAGGGAAUGAGUAUAGUACUUAUACUUAAUUGAAAAGAAAAUUCCUUGUGACCUUACCGUGUUCUAAACAAGCAUUAUGAAUUGUUAUGUCUGUUAGGGUCUAGAUUAAAAGUGUGGGAAUUUUAAAACUGUAUAGUAAUGUAUUCAGAGAAACAUAGACCUAAUGUAUUCAGGCUCAUUUCCCUUUCAAUUUUCAGGUGCUUCACACAAUGUGUUUUCUAGUUAUUAUUGUUUUUCAUUUUGUGUAGUGUAAAAUAUGGAACAUGAUUUCUAUGAUUGGUUAUCUUGAUAGCUGUCAUCAUGAGAAUUAUCUUCGCGUUGUUCCUUAAGUUUUUUCCUUUCCAUCAGUGAUAGCCUCAAGUAUGAGGCUAAAUAAACUCCGUGCUUUAUUAAUCUGAAA